AAUUUUAAUCUGUUACGGUUAAAAUUGCCCCCAGGUUUGCAGUAUGUGUCACGUCUUUUUCUUUCAAACUGGUAACUCAAGUCUGUUUUGCGAUGGGAUGUAUAACGUUAGCUGUAAGCGUUGAAUUCAUGCUAGCAAAUAAAGCUCUGUUUCCUGGAAGACUUUGAGAUUUCUGCUGCUAUGUAGAGCUACAGACUGGCUGUCCCGUCCUUGGUCUUUACAUCCCUGUCGUCGUUUAAAUGGGGAAAAGGAAAGACAUGAUUCACCCCAGGUUUCUCGGUGAGGGCAACUCUAGCCUGCACAGCGUUCACAAGCGGAAACACAAAAAACACAAGAAGCACAAGAGGAAGCACCACAGCUUCGCCGAGUCCCCGGAGCCCGAGCCUGUCGUGGUUCCUCGGCCUCCUCCGCAGCUCCGACUCAAGAUCAAACUGGGAGGACAGACGCUGGGGACCAAGAGUGUUCCCACCUUCACCGUGCAUCCCGGUGUGGCUUGUCCUCCCUCUCCCUUGAUGAUCAUUGAUAAUGACGUUGAUGAUGACGAUGAUGAUGAAGAUGAUGAUGAGGACGACGACGAUGAGCCCUCUGUGCCUCUGGAGCAGUAUCGGGCCUGGCUGGAUGAAGACAGCAACCUGGCCACGUCCCCUAUGCCAGACAUGGAUUCAGACUCCAUGCUGAGCAGGCCUGUGGACGAGGAGGAGAGGUGGCUGGAUGCUCUGGAGAAGGGAGAGCUCGACGACAACGGAGAGCUGAAGAAGGAGGUUGACGAGUCUCUGCUCACAGCCAGACAGAAAGCCCUGCUACACAAGCAGCAGAGCCAGCCUCUCCUGGAGCUCCCCAUGGGUUACAAGGAGAAAGAGAUGACCGCAGAGAUGAUGCAAAAGCGGGAGGAACGAGCCCGAAAGAGACGCCUGCAGGCCGCCAAGAAGGCAGAAGAGAACAAGAACCAGACAAUAGAGAGACUGACGAAAACCAGCAAGGCCAAGAUCAAAAGCAUGAAAGACAGGAAGUCCAAGCUUAGUCAGUGUCCCAUGGUCCGGUACAGCGACUCCGUCCAGGGCCUGGCCAUCUCCUUCCCCACCGGGGUCCCCACUCCGGUCCCGACGCCUCCCUGCCCUCCACCGGCAGCCCCAGUGAACUGCGGAGUCAGCGGCUGCACCAACUUCAAGAAGUACUCCUGCUCAAAGACCGGGGUUCCUCUCUGCAGCCUCGAGUGUUACAAGAGGAACCUGCUGCUUGUUCAGAGCGCAGCUUGAAGGGCAGAUUAUAUUCCAAAUGGACGCAGAUGUAGUUCUGUUUAUACUACAUUGGGAUGUGACGGCGGUCUGCACAGUCCAGUGGUCAUAAAAGUUUCAUGACAUUUACGUUACACGGAUGCUCGUGGCUACACAGAUGUGGAAAAACAUAAAUCUUUUCAGGACUCAGAAUCUGAGUGUAGUGUGGAUUUACUUUUUAUCUAUUUUUUCUUUGGCUGUGUCAUUAAUAAUAAUGGUUUUCCAUGCAGUGAUGCUGGUUACACAAUUCAAUUAUGUAUAUUAUAAAAUGUUAAGAUAAAAAAAAAAUCGGUGUACCAGUCAAUCACCCAUAAUACAAUAUUUAUGAUUUCCAUUUGAGCAGUGUCCAUUUGUUGAUAAAAAUGAAUAUUUCCGAACAAGUUUGGAGAAAGAGUAGCAUUGUUUCCACUAGCUUGGACUAUUUUUCAUUUUGUCAAUAAUGUAAAAAUGAUGUUUAGAAACUGACAAAGGUCGUCAACGACAAGCAAAUUUGUUUUGAAAGAAUAAAAGAGAAACUGUAUUGCUUCUUUAA